AUGGCCUUCCUCUCCAGACUAGAUCUUCAGGAAUGCCUCCAAACCCUGUCUGUUGUGCAGUGGCUCCCAGUCUACGUGUUUUUAGGAGCGAUUCCUAUUUUGCUUAUACCCUACUUUCUGGUGUUCACUAAAUAUUGGAUCUUGUCUGUGCUUGCCUUAGCCUGGCUCGCCUAUGAUUGGAACACCCACAGUCAAGGUGGUAGGCGUUCAGCUUGGGUACGAAAUUGGACCCUCUGGAAGUACUUCCAAAAUUAUUUCCCAAUAAAGCUGGUGAAGACUCACAACCUCUCUCCCAAACACAACUAUAUCAUUGCCAAUCACCCCCAUGGCAUUGUCUCUUAUGGUGUGUUCAUCAACUUCGCUACUGAGGCCACUGGUUUUGCUCGGAUUUUCCCAGCCAUCACUCCUUCUGUAGGAACCUUGGAAUGGAUCUUCUGGAUCCCAAUUGUGCGAGACUAUGUGAUGUCAAUGGGUGUGUGUCCAGUGAGUGGCUUGGCCUUGAAGUAUUUGCUGACCCAGAAAGCCUCAGGCAACGCUGUGGUUAUUGUGGUGGGCGGAGCUGCUGAAGCCCUCUUGUGCCAGCCAGGCGCCUCUACCAUCUACCUUAAAGAACGGAAAGGUUUCGUGAAGUUGGCACUGAAGACAGGAGCGUACCUUGUCCCUUCCUAUUCCUUUGGAGAGAAUGAGGUUCACAAUCAAGAGAUCUUCCCUGAAGGCACAUGGAUACGGUUCUUCCAAAAAACCUUCCAGGCCACGUUCAAAAAAAUCCUGGGACUAAAUUUUUGUACCUUCCAUGGCCGGGGCCUCACUCAAGAAUCCUGGGGCUUCCUUCCUUUCAAUCGGCCCAUUACUACUGUUGUCGGGGAACCCCUGCCAAUCCCCAAGAUUAAGAGGCCAGACGAGACGACUGUGGACAAGUACCAUGCACUCUACAUCAGUGCCCUGCGCAAGCUGUUUGACCAGCACAAAGUUCAGUAUGGCCUUCCUGAGACCCAGGAGCUGAUAAUCAUAUAA